ACUUCCUUCUAUGACGUUACUACGCGCCACAACGGUGUGUUUUUAACUCGUCUCCUGCCGUCGUUUUAUUUUUGCUUAAGUCGCCAGAGGCCAUGUGGCCGGGAUUCUGAGUACUGUUGUAAAGUAUUUCGGUUUGCCUUCUGUAGAUGGUUGAGACGUUAUCGGAGAAGGAAGAGGAGGAGAAGAAAAUUCUGGAAACUGUUUCUGGCUUGAACAGGUCUUACACAAGUUUUGAAAAUGUCAUAUAUGCUUCCUCAUUUACAUAAUGGCUGGCAAGUAGACCAGGCCAUUCUUUCAGAAGAAGACCGUGUGGUGGUCAAUCGCUUUGGGCAUGACUGGGAUCCUACAUGUAUGAAAAUGGAUGAAGUUUUAUAUAGUAUUGCUGAAAAGGUGAAAAAUUUUGCUGUUAUCUAUCUUGUGGAUAUCACAGAAGUACCAGAUUUCAACAAGAUGUAUGAACUGUAUGAUCCCUGUACAGUCAUGUUUUUCUUCAGAAACAAACACAUAAUGAUUGACUUAGGUACAGGCAACAACAACAAAAUUAACUGGGCGAUGGAAGACAAACAAGAGAUGAUUGACAUCAUAGAAACAGUUUAUCGAGGUGCUCGUAAAGGGAGAGGUCUUGUUGUAUCUCCCAAAGACUACUCAACCAAAUAUAGAUAUUAAUGCUUUGGAGCGAAAUAAAAUCAACGUUUGUAUAUAA